AUGAACCUGUGCGAACGGUGCCAAAGGAUCGACCUCCACAGCCUGCCGCCCGCUCUCGACACGACGGCAGACGGUCACCCCCUCGCCACGCUCAGCCAGAUAGUCCAAGGGGCGGCCUCGGCCUGCUCCUUUUGCCGCAUCGUCACGUCCUGCCUGUACAGCUUCGCGCAGCACGCCGAGUACCUGACGGAAACGGGACCCGUCGCGGCCCACGCAGACACGGUCCUCAGACUGCGGCAGGGCGUCCCGGACCGCGGCGACGGGGGCAAGCUCGGCGGCGUCCAGCUAUUAGGGCCCGGGAGCCUCAAGACCAACAUCCCGCUCUACGCGAAGAAAGAAAGUCCUGCGUGGCUCGACGGCGAUAUCCUCGAGUCUAACCUGUGCAUGCCGCUGGAUCCUCACGGGCUGAAGCCCAGCCAGUUCGUCAAGAAGCGAAUGGACAUCUGCAUGUCACAGCACGAGCAGUGCCGAGUGUCCUUUUCUGGCCGCGACGCAGAACGCCAGCCGUCGGUGCCGCCACGUCGUCUGCUGAGCGUCAUCCCAUCGAAGCAAGAGGACUCGCCGCCGGACAUACGACUCCUGGAGAUCGCCAAAGACUCGGGCCUCGCCGUACAGUACGCGGCGCUCAGUCACUGCUGGGGCCCGCCCGAGAAGCGGCCGCCAUGCACGCUCCGCGGCAACCUCGCGGAGCACAAGGAGGGCAUCCCGUGGCUCACGCUCUCGCAGACCUUUAGGGACGCGUGCGGCCUCUGCGCCGACCUCGGGAUCGGGUACCUGUGGAUCGACUCCCUUUGCAUCAUCCAGGACGACGCGGCCGACUGGGAGACGGAGGCGUCCGUCAUGGGGCUCACCUACGAGCAGGCGUCCCUCGUCAUCGCCGCCUCGGCCGCCGCCGACUCGAGCCAGGGCCUCUUCGGCGUCCGACGGAGGAACGAGUUCGCGCAGCUGCGGUACAAGGGGCGGCGCGACAGCGGGGUGUACGCCUACCAGUCCCGGUCGCCCAAGUACCACGUCGACAACGGGCCGCUGAACGCGCGCGCCUGGGUGCUCCAGGAGUACAUCCUCGCCCGGCGGGCGGCGCACUUCACGCGGUGGGGCGUCGUCUGGACGUGCCGCCGCGACCCGGCCGUCGCCGUGGACGAGUACGACGGCGGCUCCGGCGGCGGGCGGUCGUCGGUGCACCAGAUCCCGCACACGUGGGAGAACGUCGUGCGGGACUACUCGCGGCGCGGGCUGACGUACAAGUCGGACAAGCUCGUCGCCAUCCAGGGGCUCGCGGCGGCCUGGGCCGAGAGGCAGGGGAAGACGCCGUUCUGCGGGCUCGUGCUGGAGGACAUGCCGCUGGGGCUGGCGUGGUUCUGGAGCGGGCACGGCGGGGAGAAGCUCGUCCGCGACGUUGGGGGCGCGCCGUCGUGGUCGUGGGCUUCGGUCACGGGGAAGGUCGAUUUCCUUAUGAGGGAGAACGAGGAGGCGACUCCGGGGAUGGCGGUCGUGAGCGGGCGUAUCGGGCUGGCUGACCAAGUCCGCUGUCCCGGUGGUUUGGUCUUUGACGGAUCGCUUAUCAAAGAGGUGGAUGCUCGGAUCGGCCCGUUCGACUGUCUUCCAUCCUAUAUCGAGGACCUCCGGGCCAUCGACCUGGAGUCGGAAACGAUGAGGCACUUGGUCCCGGGAAGCGCGACCUGGUGUUCGCACACGAAUCACGAUGAACAGUUCUACAUGCUGGUCGACCGGCAGAGGGGUAACAUUGGCUGGUGUGCCUUUGACGAGAAGGCCGAGGCCACCAGGCCGAUCAGCUGUCUGCCUCUUUUCAAGGAGUCGGUCAGGCCGUGGUAUAUGCCGCCGGUGGACACGGCAGAGCCGUUCUACAUGUGGUGUUUGGUUGUGAGGAGGGCCGAGAAUGGAGAUGGCUUUCAGCGGGUAGGCUGGGGGCGCAUCCUUGACCCGUCUUGGAUAGAGGGCGAGCAGAGACAGGAGCUUCUACUCAUAUGA